CUUCCAAUUGCCUUAUAAAGCGCAUGGAGGAGGACAUGAUGGAGUGGGAGAAGUUCAUUAAGCGCUAUGCUCGCGAGUACUUCUGGAGAUCGUCCAUCACAACUGUUCACACCUGGUACAAUGAUCAGCUGUGCCGGGACAUGGGAUGCAGCCCAAAGAGGAAGAAGGGGCUCCUCGCCGAGUGGUUCCUUCCUUACGGGCCCCAGGCUUAUGUACAUCUUUAUGCCAAAAGGAAGCAAACUGCUUAUCCGAGAGAAGUGAUAAAAGUUCAUGAACUAAAGCGCCCAAGUAGUAAAGAGUAUAGGGGCCAACUAUCGGUACCUGGAUAUCACAGGAAUUGGCAGAAAGAGGAUGAGAGAAUAUGGGAAACUAUAAGGAGAUGACAAAUAGUACAUAAAAUAAGAGAAGAUAGAAAUAAGGUAGAGAUGCUGAUCUGUGGAGACGCAAUUCAUUGCAAGUUAACUAACCAAAAGUAGAAUUGGAAAGAACGGUGAGGACAGUUUUUCCUUGCCAAUGUUAUAACACCCUGAACAUUAUCCUGCAUCUCAAUAACUCCCCUUCGUCAAAAAAAAUUAUCAAUUCCAAGCUAGCACUUCGGCAGUGUCCAAAAAAGAACCAAAAAUUUAAUAAUUGUUGAA